AUGCGUAAAAUUGUGCUUUUGUUUAUUGUGGUAUUGUGUUUUUUGAAUGUUGGUAAGGUACGGAGUCAAAAUAAAAAAUGUGCUCAAAAUAAUGAAUAUUGUCUGACACAUCUCGAUUGUUGUUCAGGAAGUUGCCUGAGCUUCUCGUACAAGUGCGUUCCAGUGCCAGCAGGUGCAUCCGUAAGUUCGGUAUUAGUACCAGUCAACCCGACUCCAAUAGACACUGAAAAUCGCUUUGGAGGUGAUGACGGUGGUGCAAGUUUGACCCAAAAAACAUGUGCACUCAAUGGAGAAUAUUGCUUAACACACGCAGAAUGCUGUUCGGGUAGUUGUUUAAGCUUCUCUUAUAAAUGUGUGCCCCAGAGUUCAUCUGGCUCAACAGUGACCGUAUCAAAAGAAUCAACGCCACAAAUCGCAUCCGUAAGCUUUACGAAUCGUAUCGGCGAAGAAAGUUCAGUCAAUCCUACAACUAAUCCAAGUUCAACUACGAAAAAAUGUGCUGGAAUUGGUGAAUAUUGUCUAACGGCUUCAGAAUGCUGCUCUAAAAGUUGCUUAAGCUUCGCGUAUAAAUGUGUCAACAGAUACGACCUUUAUGCUGGCUCUGAUCCAAAUCUUUCCACGACACCAAUUUCUACCGCAAAUCGAUUUGGCGAUUCAUCAGUAACCACGAACACAGAAACACGAAAAUGCACAUCAAAUGGAUUAUACUGCUUCCACAAUAAAGAAUGCUGCUCUGGGGCUUGCUACAAAUCCAUAUGCUCCACGGAGAUCCGACUUGGUGUACCAGAAUCAGAAUUAACCCGUCCUUCGGUUGCUAAUGGACCCUAUAUUCCUGUAAAUAAUUUGGAUGAUCUCAUCUCACGGUUUGGAGGAUCAGUUUCAACCACCGAGCAAAAUGUUAAACGUCAAGAAAGGCAAUGCAAAGUCAUUGGUGAUAUCUGUAAUCGUCACGAAGAUUGCUGCUCGUCAAAUUGUCAUUCUUACAGACGAAAGUGCGUCAACUAA